UUGAAAAUAGGGAAUGAAAAAUGGCGACUGUCAGUAGUCGCGUCGUGUCGGCGAUCGCGCUGAUGCCCCAGAGGGAUAGUUUCUCGUGAAAAAUGGGAGGUCAUUGUCCUCCCCGAGUGACCCAGUGGAUCCUCUCAGUAACUCAGAGAUGAUUGGCCGGAGAUGCGCACUCUUCGCGCUCGGCGGUCUCUUGAUUCUCGUCCUCACCGUUAAUAUUUAUUUCAUCCGCAUGAUCGUCGAGAAUUCCCCGGAGAAGAGUUAUUCACGCAACCUGCCGGUAUCGGGGGAGAAGAAUGGAGAAAAUUUGGGGACUAAGGAUGAGGAGAAAAAAGGAGUGGGCAAGUCGAUGACUAGAGAGAUGGAGGAGAAAAUAAAAGCUGAAAUGCGACUGCUACCUUCCAAGUAUUUCAAAAGGAACUCCAGCUAUGCUGUGCUGCUGGAUAGGCUCCUUGCUGAAUUGAGGAUCAUGCCUAAUGCCCAGAAGGACAUCUGGAGUAUCCCCAAUAAUAACUGGCCGGAUGCUCACCAAUUGGUGCCACCAGCGGCACCAGAAUUGGGGACGAUAUUCGAGGCAAUGAGAAAAGCAAAGGUAUUAAAAGCUGAUAAUGCACCAGUCGGUACACAAUUGAAAUUGAUGCUGACAUUGGAGUCAGGUGUUAAAGCACUUUUUAAGCCCCAAUGGUACGCGCGAGAUACUAUUUUAAAUGGGCCAGUGUAUUUCGGCAAAGAUCGUCACAAUGCCGAGGUCGCGGCCUUCCAUUUGUCUUCCUUACUUGGACUCAGGAGAGUACCUCUCACUGUCACUAGAAAAUUGAGACUCAGUGAAAUUCGCAGUUGCGCGACACCGAAAUUAUACGAAACUCUAUAUCAAGAGGGAAAUGAGACUUGUUUCUACGGGGUCUGUCAUUACUGCUCACCAGCAGAUCCAGUUUGUAGUUCUAGUGAUAUUCUGGAGGGUGCACUAAUUCUCUGGCUACCGGAUUAUCUCAAGUUAUUUAAACAUCGACAUCCGUGGCAGAGAACUUAUAAACAUAAUAAAUUAGCUCUGUGGGAAACGGAUAUUCGUUAUUGUGACAAGGUGAAAGAGACAAAGACUUAUGCCCCUCAUACCUCCAGUCGUCUCCUAGACCUGAUAGACACAGCAGUCUUCGACUAUCUGAUGGACAACGGAGACAGGCAUCAUUACGAAUUGACUCAUAAUUUCCAUAAUCCCGCUGUACUAUUGAUAGAUAAUGGCAAGAGCCUGGCCAAUCCAGACGUCGAUCAUAUAGAUAUUCUGGCACCUCUCUAUCAAUGCUGCAUGAUCCACAAAACCACCUGGGACAGGCUGCAAUUGCUGGGCGGGGGUGCGCUCAGUGUCUCCCUGGGCCGACUUCUUGCACACGAGUCCAUGAUGGCUGGGAUUCAAUCUCUCAUCACCGAGGAUCACCUCAGUGCCAUGGACAGAAGACUACUCACUGUUUACGCGGUUGUGGAGUAUUGUUUGAAAAUUAAAAAAUACCCAUCGAGUGUCAUUCUAGAUCAUCGAUAAGUGUCGUAGAUAAUAAUAGUGGUGAGUGGAUGAGUGGAUGCAUUCUGUUGAAUUAAUUUGUAAGGGUUAAUAUUAGGACGCAGUUACCAGAUGUUUCUCGGUAUUUUUUAGUAAUAGGUAAUUUUAAAAUUUUUGCAGGAAUUAUUUCGUGGAUUUCAUUCGCAGAAUACGAAAAUUUUUAAUUAAGUAUUAUGACAGCAAUGAGGAAAUUGUUUGAAGUCGUUAUUAUCAUUUUAAGUCGUUAUCAGACGGAUUGAACGUGUAUCGAAUAAAAAAAAAUCGUCACGUUAUAAAUCAUUGAACUGUAAAAAAAGGAGUUGGAUAUUCAUAGUGGCCCAGAAGAAAAGACACCACUUCUCAUAAGAUUUAUAAUUUUAUUUAUGACACAAUUAUGAUUAUUAUUUCGGGAAAGUUGGGGUGCAGGCGCCAGUACAGCGUACAAAUAGCGGUACAAACGUAAAAAAUUCUGUAAACGCGACUGUAUAAUUCGUCACCAUAAACAUUCACAUUGAUCCGGUCAUAUUUAAAAUUUU